CAACAACAAGAUCCUGUUCCGCAUCCGCCUCGACGACUUCCGGGACAAGAUCACCAAGUUCGACACGCCAUCUAUUGACGCCGGGAUCAAGUUCUACAACAGGGCGAACUAUAUCUUUCUGGACCAGCUGACUCGGGAGAUCAAGGAGAAGGACAGCUCGGGCGUGUGGCGGCCGCUGCUCGCCUACAAGAACCUGAUUCGCGCCAUCGAGCACCUGGGCAUCUCCAUGGUGUUCGGCGAGGAGUACUUCGGCAGGGGCGACCUCGACCACACCUCCUACCUCAACUUCGUCACGAACGACGCGCUCGGACAAGAUUUCCUCAAUGCUAGCAAGAGCUUUGCCUACUGGAUCAAGGACAGGUACCUCCAGCUGCAGCAGACAUACCCCUGGUACUCGAACAUCACGCGUCGACGCCAGGAAAUCAUAAACAGGGUCAAGAUCGAGCCCGACUUCGACAAGGCCACCGAGUACUUCUACGCCAUGCUGGGCUACCUGGACGCCCUGCAGAAGAUCCAGUACGAGAUCCGCACCAGGAUCGAGGAGACCAUUCUGUCGGAGGUGACGUCCUCCAACAGCCACGUGGUGGUGGGCAUCGCCAUACUGGCUGUUGUGCUUCUCAUAUCACCUGUCAUCAUCGUCCUUGUCAGGAUGGUGACGAGGACAUUACAGGCCUUCACGGAGACCUUGCAGUACAAGACGUACGAGCUGCGUUACGAGAAGAAGCGCUCGGAUAAGCUGCUGUACCAGAUGCUUCCGCCGACGGUCGCGCAGCAGCUGAAGCAGAGGAAGCAGGUGUCGGCCGAGACGUACGAGUCGGUGACCAUCUACUUCAGCGAUAUCGUGGGCUUCACGGAGCUGGCUUCGGAGAGCACGCCCAUGCAGGUGAUCUCGCUGCUGAACGCUCUUUACAAGAUGUUUGACUCGAGGAUUGAGCUCUACGAAGUCUACAAGAUCGAGACGAUCGGCGACGCGUACAUGGUGGCCUCGGGGCUGCCCCAGCGGGGGGAAGGCAAGGACCACGCGGCCGAGAUCGCCUCCAUGGCCCUGGACCUCCUGCAUGCCACCGAGAACUUCGUGGUGCCGCACAUGCCCGGCGAGCGCCUGCAGAUCCGCAUCGGCAUCAACACGGGCCCCGUGGUGGCGGGCGUGGUGGGCUCCAAGAUGCCCCGCUACACCCUCUUCGGCGAGUCCGUCAACAUCGCCUCCAAGAUGGAAUCCACCGGCCUGCCCUUCAAGAUCCACAUCACGGCGUCGACCAAGGAAGCCCUGGACAAGGUGGGAGGAUUCAUCAUGAAACUCCGCGGCGAGAUGGAAAUUAAGGUUUGA